AUGAGAGCAACUAUAGGGAGUCCGUGCACCGUCGGCGGUAAGCGAGAUCCCACACAGAAGCGAGCCCUAGCCAAGUCUCCAUUCGGGUUUGACUCCAGUGCUCUCCUCCUACUCUCUCCAUCCCGUCAACGUCAAUCAGCGACAACAUUCGUCAAGAUGGCCAAGUCCAAGAACGCGUCCCAGCACCACAACAGCCAGAAGGCUCACCGUAACGGUAUCAAGAAGCCCAAGACCAACCGUUACCCCUCUCUCCGUGGUGUGGACGCUAAGUUCCGCCGCAACCACCGUCACGCUCUUCACGGAACCGCCAAGGCCCUCAAGGAGCGCAAGGAGGGUAAGCGUGAGAACGCUUAA